AAGGGGCUCAGUAGUCAUGUCCUUGAAACCCGAUGAUGCCAGCAGUGGGUUCCAGCACAAUAAUGUGGUGGCCUUCAUCAAUGAGAAGAUGGCCGGGCACACAAAAGGCCCUGAGUUCUAUCUCGAGAAUAUAGCCCUGUCCUGGGAGGAGGUGGAGAACAAGCUCGGGGACAUCCUAGAGGACAGCACAGUGCCCAGCGAGGUCAAAGACGCCUGUGCCUGGAGCAGCCUUGCCCUGGGCGUGCGUUUCGCGCGCAGGCAGGGCCAGUUACACAAGCACAGGGUACAGUGGCUGCACGAUUUUGCGAAACUGCAUAAGUCCGCUGCACAGGCCUUGGCCUCAGACCUAAAGGAGCACACAGCGCGGCAGGAGAUGGAGCGCAAGGAGGCAGCAUUCCGGCUGCGGCAGACACAAGCAAACCUGGCAGAGAUGCAGAAGGAACGGGACCUCCUGAAGUGGAAGCUCUUCCAGCUGGGGUCUACCGGGGAGCAGGGCCAGGCCUCAGAGGGGCCAGGCCCGGCCACUGCCAGUGGGGCUGGGACAGAAGAAACACGCGAGGAGGUAGAGUCCCAAGCUGCUCCUGCUGGUGCCACAGGAAAAGGAAGAAGAAGCCAGAAGUAUGCACUGGGGGCUGAAGCCACAAAGGAGCUGGGCAGAGGCCUCCUGCACCUGGUCGGAGCCGUGGAGCAGAAAAAUUACACCGCUGGUGGCCAGAGGGAGGGAGAUCUCAGGUCAGUGGAAAUCACCAUGUUUUAUUUCUCUGGGACCCUCAAGCCUGGGUCCAUAGUCUCACCAUCACCCCUUCCUGUCCAGCUCCCUGCCUCAUUCACAUACUCCUACUCAUGCCCCGCAUCCCCCUUCCCACCUGUGCCCACACCAUCCCCACCAGAAGCAACAUGCACAGCAGGAGCUCCAUCUCCGACAUCUCCCAACAGGAAGCCCUCUGAUGUUAGCUUGUGUUCUGAUGUGGGGUCCCAGGGAACAGACCCUCAAGAAUCCCAAAGAGACAGGAGAGACUCCGAACCCUAUCAGCAGAGAAGACCUCCCAUAUUUCGAAGGCCUGGGGAUUGGGACUGUCCUUGGUGUAAAGCUGUGAAUUUUUCACGGAGGGAAAUUUGCUUCCGCUGUGGGAGGGGAAUCUGGCUGCAAAGCCCUCAGUAAAUUUAGAAAUGUGAAAUAUAACAAAAA